AUGCAAGAACCCAGGAAGAAAUGGACAAGAAAACAGGCAAAGGCAGCAAGUGCAAGUAACUCCAACACCACCAAUGCACAUGUUAUCCACUCAAAGAGUGGAAAAAGAAACAAGCCUGUUGACAAUGAGAUCCCUGCACCCUCAACACAACCAGAAGCCGAAGACAGCCCCAACAAAAAACAGAAGAUGAUCGUCGCACAGGUGGAGGAAGCCAGCCUAAAGAAAACAAGAGCUCAUCAAUGGCAAUACCUUAACUAUGCUAAAGACAAUUGGGGCAGCAAAUGGGUCAUUGCAGGUGAUUGGAAUGACAUACUAUGCGAAGGAGAAAAGAAUGGAGGAAGACUUAGACCUGAAGCAAGCUUCUGGGGCUUUAGAACCUGUCUCGCAAAUUUUGGAGGGCAGGAAAUUUACAUGGAAGGCUAUCCCUUCACCUGGGGAAACAAUAGACCUGCUAAAGGGUAUAUUGAAGAAAAGCUGGACAGAAUGGUGGCUUCAUUGCAUUGGCUUCAGUCAUACCCAGAAGCUAAAGUCAUCAACAUCUUCAGAAGUGCUUCAGACCACAAUCUUCUACUACUUCAUACUGGCACUCCACAGGAAAACAAAAAAAGGCAAUUUUGCUUCGAUAAGAGAUGGCUCAAGAAACCAGGUAUCAAGGAAGAAAUUCAAAGGGCUUGGAGCCAACCAGCCGAUGGCUCCCCAAUGUUCAGACUCACUGAAAAAAUCAAAGCAACAAGAAUAACACUCUUAAAGUGGAGCAGAACAUUUAAAACUGAAUCAGCCAAAACCAUUGAAAAGAUCACUGCUGAGAUGAAGGGACUGAGAAAACAAGGGGGUACCAGAAAUUGGGAGAGGUGA